AUGGAGCUGGGAUCCUCGCAAGAGCCGCCGAUAAAGAGGCGCAGAUUCUUCAAGGACCCGGACGAGCCCUCGUCGGAUCCGGUGUUUAGCCCCAAGCACGAGUUCAGCUCGUCACUGGAGCCGAGGCGGUUCUUCAAGACGGAGGACGAGGAUGACGAAAAAGAGGCAGAUGAUGGCGAUUGGGAGCCGGAGAGCGAAGGAAGAAGCGUCAACGUCAAGGCUGAAGAGAAGAGCCGAGAUGUUUUACCUGAGCUUCCUCGAAAUGGAUCAGCAUCUGGCUCAUCAACAGCCUUAGAGCAGCCACACCAAGCACCGACGAACGAGCCCAUAGCCCAGCAUGAAUCUUCAGCAGUCACCUUUGACAAGGAGACGUUUGAGAGCUUUGUCGGAUGCAAAGUUGCCGCCAACAUCCUGCGUACUAUCCAGCAACAUUGCGGCAACAAUCUCGAGCGAGCUGUCAAUAUGUACUUUGACGGCACCUACAAGAAGCUCCUAAAGUCGAAGCCCGCUGCCGCUGGCCCAAGCAGAACACAAUCACCCGAUGUGCAGAGCCAACCUUCCCCGCUUCCCAUCCGACGAAACAUGCCAACCUCACGAUACAUUGGUGCUUUUGGCGUCGAGGGAUGGGCUACCCGCAGUGGCACAAAUCUCCUGAAACACGGUGAAAAGGUCAAAAUUGAACGACAAAAGAUACAGCCCCCUCCACCUCCAAAGACGAAACCCCGACUUGGAGCUCCACCCACUCCUGUCAAGAUGAACACGGCUGCCUCGAGGCGAAUCGACGUCAUCGUGCGAUUUACGAACCAGAGCGGCCAGGAAAUUGGGCGUCUGGCCAAAGAUACCGCCAACUGGGUGUCGACGCUGAUGGACCAAAAGAUUUGCAAGUUUGAAGGAACUUGUGUAUAUUGCCCCGAGCGGACGCGAACAAAUGACACCAUUUUCAUCCAACUGAGAUGUUCCUUGCUCGACUCUGCGUUUUUCGACCGCAGCUUCAAGCCCGCUAAUGACUCCUCGGCUACAUGGUUCGAACAACAGAUUGAAACGGCACAAGAAAAAGAACUCCGACUCAGGCAGGUUGCCCUGGUCAGACUAUUUCAGGAGAUCAAUCUCCAGCCGGUCGUCGCCAAUGCUGCAGCAAAAGAUGGGAGAAAGGGACUUCUCCAAGCCGCCGAGAUGGACGAGCAGAAGCAAAAGGACUCGAAAAAGACGGCUGCAAAUGGCAACAAGGAAUCUGGGAACUCAUCGCCGUCCGAGGAAGCCGAAGAAGGAGAAGAGCUCGAACAAGACCAACUCGACGCCCUGUAUAAAAAGGCCCAAACAUUUGACUUUAGCAUGCCCGAGGUCGACCCAGCGAGCACCUUUGCCAUGACACUACGCCCGUACCAAAGGCAAUCUCUGCACUGGAUGAUAGCCAAAGAGAAAGAUGAACAGAGCCAUAGGGAGCCCUCGAUGCAUCCGCUAUGGGAGGAAUAUCUAUGGCCUCUCAAAGAUGUUGACGACAAGGAUCUCCCUACGGAGCAACACUGUCUUGGCGGUAUUCUUGCUGAUGAAAUGGGUCUGGGAAAGACGAUUCAGAUGCUCAGCCUGAUUCACUCGCACCGAUCCGAGGUUUCACGACAAGCCAGAUCAUCACCCAAGCACGGAUUGAACCAGCUCCAGCGAUUGGGCAAGAAUUCAUCAAACGUGUUGGAGGCACCCUGCACUACCUUGGUGGUUGCCCCGAUGUCUCUGUUAUCGCAGUGGCAGAGUGAGGCCGAAAAGGCUUCCCUGCCGGGCACCAUGAAGAUUCAGCUCUAUUACGGUGCAGAAAAGGCACUGAAUCUGCAGUCGCUCUGCAGCGGCUCCAACGCUCCAGACCUUGUCAUCACCAGCUACGGAGUUGUUUUGUCGGAAUUCACCAGCAUCGCCGCAAAGAACGGCGACAGGUCCUUCCACACGGGCAUUUUCUCUCUCAAAUUCUUCCGCGUAAUUCUCGACGAGGCACAUUACAUCAAAAAUAGGGCGUCCAAGACUGCUCGGGCAUGUUACGAGAUUGCAGCCGAUCACCGAUGGGCACUGACGGGCACCCCGAUUGUCAACAGGCUGGAAGACCUCUUUAGCUUGUCAGGGGAUUUUGUGCGCGCAUUGGACGUGGUUCAGACGGUUUUGGAGCCAUUGGUCACCAGAAGAACCAAGGACAUGAAAACGCCAGACGGCCAGCCCCUGGUACAGCUUCCACCAAAACAGAUUGACAUAGUCGAGGUGGAACUAUCCAAGACGGAACGAGAUAUCUACGACCACAUCUUCAAUAAGGUGAAGAAUACGUUUGCGCAAAACGUCGAGGCAGGUACGGUGCUCAAGGCGUUCACGACAAUUUUUGCUCAGAUUAUGCGUCUGCGACAAUCGUGCUGUCAUCCCGUACUUGUCCGCAAUAAAGACAUUGUUGCCGACGAGGAAGAGGCUGGCGCCGCAGCUGAUGCAGCUACUGGCUUGGGUGACGAUAUGGAUCUAGAGUCACUGAUCACGCAAUUUACUGCCAUCACAGACGAAGUCACCAACGACAGACAGACAUACGGAGCGCACGCGCUGGACGAGAUCCGUAACGAAUCCGAAAAGGAAUGUCCACUAUGCUUCGAUGAGCCGAUGAAUGAGCAGAUUGUCACUGGAUGUUGGCACUCUGCGUGCAAAAAGUGCCUGAUGGACUUUAUCAAGCACGAGACUGAUCACGGCAGAGUGCCAAAGUGCUUCAACUGCCGCACGCCGAUUAACCAGCGUGAUUUGUUCGAGGUGGUGCGUCAUGAUGAGGCUGACGAACCGUUUGCUUCAGCAAAGCCUCGCUUUAGUCUUCAGCGACUUGGCGUCAACUCCUCUUCCGCCAAGGUUGCCGCAUUGAUAUCCGAACUUCGAACACUACGUCGAGAUCGUCCAUAUAUGAAGUCUAUCAUCUUUUCGCAGUUUACGUCUUUUCUCACACUCAUCGAAGCUGCUCUCACACGUGCCAACGUCAAGUUCCUUCGUCUAGAUGGAAGUAUGACACAGCGGGCUCGAGCAGCCGUCCUGCAACAAUUCACAGAGAGCAAAGGCUUCACGGUAAUGUUGAUGAGUCUGCGCGCGGGCGGUGUCGGCUUGAAUCUCACGAGCGCGGGGCGCGUCUUUAUGAUGGAUCCCUGGUGGAGUUAUGCCGUGGAGUUGCAGGCAAUUGAUCGGGUGCACAGACUAGGGCAGCAAGAUGAGGUGGUGGUCAAGAGAUUCAUUGUGAGGGGCAGUGUGGAGGAGAGGAUGUUGAAGAUCCAGGACAGAAAGAAGUUUAUCGCGACGUCAUUGGGCAUGAUGAACGACGAAGAGAAGAAGCUCCAGCGGAUUGAAGACAUCAAGGAGCUCCUCAGCUAG